GGCCUAGCUGCUGUCUGCUAUCUAAGCUGCGGAGCAGGAGAUGGCCGUGGACCCAGUCUCCAGGCAGCCUGCAGGGAGCUUACCACCUCAACUCCAUGUCGCAGCCAGGGCUUCUGUCCUCAGCUCUGCAGCGUGGAUGUGAUGGCUGCCACAGCUCUGCCCCAGCGCCUGUCCCUCUACAUCCUCCUCCUGCCCUUGGCUACACCUUGGGUGUCUGCAGCAGCUAACGACUGUCCCCAUCUCAAAUGCUUCUACAACUCGAGAGCCAAUGUCUCCUGCAUGUGGAGCCCAGAAGAGGCCAUUCAGGGCAUGUCUUGCCACAUCCAAGUCAAGUCAAACAUCCGGACUUGGAACAAAACCUGUGAUCUAUUUCUUGUGAAGCAGGCAUCCUGGGCUUGCAACCUGAUCCUUGGGCCUCCAGAUUCCCAGCCACUGAACUCUGUAGACUUCUUCAACAUGACCAUGGAGUGCCAGGAAGGGAAGGGCUGGCGCAGAGUGAGGACCUGCAACUUUCAUCCCUUUGAGAACCUUCGCCUGAUGGCACCUCAUUCACUCCAAGUCCUCCACAUUGAGACCCAGAGAUGCAACAUAAGCUGGGAGGUCUCCCAGGUCUCUCACUACGUUGAUAAAGACUUGGAAUUCGAGGUCCGCAUGCGUUCCCUGGGCCACAGCUGGAAGGAUGCUCCCCUGCUAAGCCUCAAGCAGCGACAGCAAUGGAUUCACCUGGAGACGCUCACUCCUGAUACCUCAUAUGAGCUCCAGGUGCGAGUAUUGGCCCAACGAGGUGACCACAGGACCUGGAGCCCCUGGAGCCAGCCCCUGGCCUUUCGGACAAGGCCAGCAGGUCCCUGGAGGGAGACCCUACCCCUGCUGUGGCUCAGACACCUUCUCCUGAUCCUUGGCUGUCUUUUUGGCUUCUUGCUGUGUGUCUACGUUUUGGUCAAGUGCCAGUACCUUGGCCCAUGGCUGAAGACAGUUCUCAAGUGCCACGUCCCAGACCCCUCUGAGUUCUUCUCCCAGCACGGAGGAGACCUUCAGAAAUGGCUCUCCUCGCCCUUCCCCUCAUCCUCCUUCAGCCCCACUGGCUCUGCACCUGAGAUCUCUCCCCUGGAGGUGCUGGACGGAGACACCAAAGCCAUGCAGCUGUUGCUGCUACAGCGGGACACAGCCCCCUCCCCCUCGCCCAGCGGUCACUCGCAGGCCAGCUGCUUUACCAACCAAGGCUACUUCUUCUUCCAUCUGCCCAACGCCUUAGAGAUUGAGCCCUGCCAAGUGUACUUCACCUACGACCCCUGCAUGGAAGAGGACGUGGAGGAGGACGGGCCAGGCCCGCCCCAGGGAUCUCCCCUCCCGUCUCUGCUGCCCCUGGCUGGGGAAGAGGAUGAGUACUGUGAACUCCCACCCAGGGAUGACAUGCUGCUCUUCUCCCCCAGCCUGAGCUCCCCCGAUUCUGCCUCUGGGGGGGUUGUAGUCCCUGAAGAAAAGCCUCCCCUGUCCCCUCAGGAGGAACUGCCCCUGCUACCAUCCCCUGACCUGAUGGGCUCGCCGUGCCCUCCGGAGCUGGUGCUGGGAGGUGAUGGAGAGGGGCUGUGUGCUCAUGGCUCAGGGGAACAGGCCGAUGUCCCCGAAGAUAGCCCUUGUGGGCAAGCUCAGGACAGGGCCCUGGCCUCUGUCCUGUCUCUCAACACGGAUGCCUACCUGUCUCUUCAAGAACUGCAGGCCCAAGAUCCAGCCCACCUGGUAUAGACAGGUGGCCAGGAUUGGGAGCCAGUUGCCUAGGUCAGGUCAGGCUUGAGGGGGGCCGGCUGAGGACAGUUCCUAGUCACCUGCACCCCGACACUUCUGAGCUCCACUUACUGCUCCCUGGCCCAGCCAGGACCUGGGGUGUGGAGGGGUAGUCAGCUCGUCUUCCCUGUUUAGCCAUGAGGGCACUGGUUUCCUGGACCUGCUGUACUCACUCCUGCUCCCCAUCACAGGGCAGCCGGUACCUCUUCCAUCACUGAGCUUGCUGUGGCUCCCUACUGCCCUCUGUACCAUUUCCUGUCCCAACUUUUGUCCCGCCAGCGCUGCUGAGGGACAGCUGUCCUCAGGGUGUGAUGUGGCUGCCACUGUCUUAAUCAGAACAGCUGUGUCUGCCCAAACUGAGAGACUGGAUGUGGCCUGCUGACUGCUGACAUUCCCUCAUAGAAGGAGAGGAUGGGAAGGGUCAUCAGACUGUCACCGGAGAGCCCAGCCUCUCUCCUGCACCCCAUCCCAGCUAAGUGUAAUUCCGCCCCUGGUGCGUGUGUUCCUGGAAGAUGCUGGCAUAUUCUGCCCCUGGUCCUGUGUUCCUGGAAGAUGCUGGCAUAUGCAGAAGGGGGAGGAUUGGCUGACGUGAGGGCUCCAUCCAUGUGGCUAUGGGGACAUCAUCACCUAUUCUGGGGGCGGGUUUCUGCGAUACAGCUGUUUGGGAGUCACCUCUAUUCCUGUAAGUAAGCCUAGACGCCUCAAAGGUUCUUCAAGCUGGACUUGAGUGGAUUCACGCCUUUCAUGCCAUAUGUGGGAGAAGUAGAUAUUUGUUCAUGUGCCCCCUCCCCUCAAAAGGCUCACACAGCAAGCAUUGUGUCAGCACUGCCCUUUGUGGAACCCUCACAAGCAUCCCAGGGGGUCUCCUGGCGUCCCCUCUUGACUCACACCUAUUCAGACACUAUUCCGUUGUCCUCACCUAGGUGACAAACACCCCUCAUCUUGUCCUGUAAGCCCUGCUUCUAAGGGCGGUGCUGCUUCCUUAAUGCAUCCAAAUGUCUCCAGUCCAUACUAGGAGAUGAUGGGGCAGCUCCUGACCUAUCUUCCUUCUUUGGAGUUACUCCCUGACCUCACAGUGACAGGUUCAGUGUGGACACAGAUACUGGCGUAGCAGCGGCUGCUGGAUCUACCCACGCCCACCUCACCAGUUUGUGAGGGAGCCUGCUGGAAUGUGAGCUCCGAGCCCCAGCAGUCCAGGCAGGGAUGGCAUGCCUGGGUGUGCCGUCUCACCCUCAGAAGAGAGCAUUGCUCUCCACAGGCAGCUCCUCCAGCACAGAGCCUCCGUGUCUGCCACUGUCCCAGGGUUGAUGGCACCGUAGGGAUAGAUCCCACAUCCUAAGGGAAGCAGAAACUCAAAACUAACGGAUGCCCUACCUGUCCCAUGGUUCCAGCUCACUACUCAUUGGUUGUCUGGACAGACCACAGGCCCACAGGCUGGGCCUGAUCUAACAAUCAGAUUGUCUCUUGACCGUAUGUCCUGAGAGCAGGUGCUUGCAGCAAGGCCCCCAGGCUUAGCCAGAAGAUAUGAGGCGAUAGAGAGGACCUUCAGGGCUCAUGCAAGAGUUUUCCUGCCCGGCAGGGGUCAGAAGGCCGGCUUCCUUCUGUGUGAAACCCCACCCAUCCCCUCCUGCCACAGAAUGCUGUCUGUGGCCAUCCCCUCUGUCUCAACCAUGGACCAGACCCAAAUUCUAUACCCACACUCUGGACUGUGUACCCUGGGCAAAUGUAAAACUUUGGAAUCGAACUUAUUUUUACUGUCUGAAGAGUUGUGGGGAGGAUUUGGCUUUCUCUCUUUUAAAGAUCUGUGUAUGCCAUCUUUGUAAUUUCUCCUGAGAAGUUUUAAAACUGAUUGGUUUUUUCUAAAUACACUUAUUUAAAGAUUUUUCAUCAUAUGGCUUCUGUGGCUGGAAGACCCAAUCUUUCUAUUAAUAAAAUAUGAUUGUAAAAAGCA